AUGGAUGGGUCAGUGCUUCAUCGUGGAGAACAGCGCAGAGAUGCAGCUCCAGGCAGGGCUGUGGCUGGAUGGGCUGUCAUGCUACAUGGGCACAGCACCCACCUCACAGGGGCUAACGCAACUAAUGUGGGAAACCCUAAACAACAAGCAAAAAUGGCAGAGUAUUGCAGAUUAAUAUUUGGAGAUGCACUGCUUAUGGAUCCAUUGGAAAAAUACCCGCUUGAACCUGGGGUUCCUCUUCCAAGCCCUAUGGAUUUGAUGUACAAAAUUCUGGUGAAGAAUAAAAAGAAGUCACAUAAGUCUGCAGAUGGAAGUGCAAAAAAGAAGCUCUCGGAGCAAGCUUCCAACACAUGCAGUGAUACAUCUAGUAUGUUUGAACCUUCCUCCCCUGGAGCAGGAGAAGCAGAGAUUGAGAGCGAUGAUGAUGAUGACUAUGAUGAUGACUGUAAAAAGUCGUCGAUGGAUGAAGGUACUGCUGGAAGUGAGGCUAUGGCCACGGAAGAGAUGUCUAACCUGGUGAACUACAUUCAGCCUGUGAAGUUUGAGUCAUUUGAAGUAUCAAAAAAACGCAACAAAAGUUUUGAAAUGUCUUCCUUUGUGGAAACCAAAGGGCUAGAGCAACUUACAAAGUCUCCUGUGGAAUUUGUGGAAUACAACAAAAUGCAGCUAAGCCGAAUUUACCCAAAGGGAACACGUGUUGAUUCCUCAAACUACAUGCCACAAGUCUUUUGGAACGCAGGCUGCCAAAUGGUUGCUCUUAACUUCCAAACUGUAGAUUUGUCUAUGCAAAUAAACAUGGGAAUGUAUGAGUACAAUGGCAAAAGCGGAUACAGGUUAAAGCCAGAAUUCAUGAGAAGACCAGACAAACACUUUGAUCCAUUUACUGAAAGUAUAGUGGAUGGAAUAGUAGCUAACACCUUGUCUGUCAAGAUAAUUUCAGGUCAGUUUCUUUCUGAUAAAAAAGUUGGUACCUAUGUAGAAGUGGACAUGUUUGGCCUGCCUGUGGAUACAAGAAGAAAAGCUUUGAAGACCAAGACCUCUCAAGGCAAUGCAGUUAAUCCUGUCUGGGAAGAGGAAACCAUAGUGUUUAAGAAGGUUGUUUUACCUUCCCUGGCAUGUUUGAGGCUAGCAGUGUAUGAAGAAGGAGGGAAAUUUAUUGGUCAUCGGAUAUUACCAGUCUCAGCAAUUCGACCAGGCUAUCACUACAUCUGUUUGAGGAAUGAGAGGAACCAACCUUUGACACUGCCAGCUCUCUUUGUGUACAUAGAGGUCAAAGACUAUGUACCUGAUACUUAUGCAGAUGUGAUCGAGGCCUUAUCCAAUCCAAUCAGAUACGUAAACUUGAUGGAGCAGAGAGCUAAGCAACUGGCCGCACUGACUCUGGAAGAUGAAGAAGAGGUAAAGAAAGAGAUUGACCAUGGAGAUGCACCAUCCGAAGCUAACAAUGAACCUAGACCAACACCAGCAGAAAAUGGAGUAAAUUACACUGCCUCUCUUACACCGAAACCAGCGACUCAAGUUGUCCAUAGCCAACCUGCACCAGGUUCGGUGAAAGCACCUGCAAAGACAGAAGAUCUUAUUCAGAGUGUCCUCACAGCGGUUUUAGAAAAAACAGCAAAAAGAGACAGUAAGAAAAGAUCUGAAACGGGCAGCCCUGACCACAGUUCUUCAACUAUUGAACAAGAAUUAGCUGCGCUGGACUCCGAAAUGACCCAGAAGCUAGUCGAGCUGAAGGAGAAGCAACAACAGCAGCUGCUAAAUCUCCGACAGGAGCAAUAUUACAGUGAAAAGUACCAGAAACGAGAGCACAUUAAGCUGCUUAUUCAGAAGUUGACAGAUGUAGCAGAGGAGUGUCAGAACAGCCAGCUAAAGAAACUGAAAGAAACCUGUGAAAAAGAAAAGAAAGAGUUGAAGAAAAAAAUGGACAAGAAGAGGCAGGAGAAGAUCACAGAAGCAAAGUCGAAGGAUAAAAAUCAAAUGGAAGAAGAGAAGACUGAAAUGAUUCGAUCGUAUAUCCAGGAGGUGGUGCAGUACAUAAAACGGCUAGAAGAUGCUCAGAGUAAAAGACAGGAGAAACUUGUAGAAAAACACAAAGAGAUUCGUCAGCAAAUACUGGAUGAAAAGCCUAAGGUAAAGAGUUUUUGA